UAGCGGCGGCCGCGGCAGAAGGGAGUGGGCCGCCGAGGCUGGAGGAGCAAAGGCAGGCGCAGCAGCGGGGAGCUCUGGGUAAGGAGCGCUCUGCUUGCUGCUGCUGCUGCUUCUGCAACGCUAAGCUGCCUGGGCUGCUGCUGCUGCUUUUAGAGUGAGAGGAAGCGGGCUGCAGCCAUGCUGAAUAGCAGGCGCUGAUUUCUCUCGCUGGAGGAGGAGGAGAAGGGAAAGGAGGAAGAGGAAAGGCGAGGCGGCCGCGUUGGCCAGCGAGGGGUGCAUGCAGGGCUCAGGCGCACAAUGGACGACGAAAGCAUCAAGGGAUGCCCCCAGCCACCUGAGGCAGAUGGCGAUAAGGACCAGCGCACCGUGACCAUCAAUUCAUGUCACAUGGGAAAGGCAUUCAAAGUCAUGAAUGAAUUGAGAAGUAAGCGGCUCCUCUGUGAUGUGGUAAUUGUUGCUGAAGAUGUUGAGAUUGAAGCCCAUCGUAUUGUCUUGGCAGCCUGCAGUCCUUAUUUCUGUGCCAUGUUUACAGGAGAUAUGACUGAAAGCAAAGCAAAGAAGAUUGAGAUCAAAGAUGUUGAUGGACUAACUUUGAGUAAGCUGAUUGAUUACAUCUACACCGCUGAAAUCGAGGUGACAGAAGAAAAUGUUCAGGUUUUGUUGCCAGCAGCCAGUCUAUUACAGUUAAUGGAUGUUCGACAAAACUGUUGUGACUUUCUUCAGUCUCAGCUCCAUCCCACAAAUUGCCUUGGAAUCCGCGCCUUUGCAGAUGUGCAUACUUGCUCAGAACUAUUGCAGCAAGCCAACGCCUAUGCAGAGCAGCAUUUUCCUGAAGUGAUGCUUGGUGAAGAAUUUCUUAGUCUGAGCCUGGACCAGGUUUGCAGUUUGAUAUCAAGUGACAAGCUUACAGUUUCGUCAGAGGAAAAGGUUUUUGAAGCUGUUAUUUCUUGGAUAAAUUAUGAAAAAGAGUCUCGGUUGGAACACAUGGCAAAGCUGAUGGAACAUGUCCGACUCCCUCUCUUGCCAAGAGAUUAUCUUGUACAGACAGUGGAAGAAGAAGCUUUAAUUAAGAAUAAUAACACAUGUAAAGACUUUCUUAUUGAGGCUAUGAAAUACCACUUACUUCCACUGGAUCAAAGACAGCUGAUAAAGAAUCCUAGAACAAAACCAAGAACACCAGUUAGUCUGCCAAAGGUAAUGAUUGUUGUGGGUGGGCAAGCACCCAAAGCCAUUCGGAGUGUAGAGUGUUAUGACUUUGAAGAAGAACGAUGGGAUCAAGUUGCUGAACUUCCUUCCCGGAGAUGUAGGGCAGGGGUGGUGUUCAUGGCAGGCAAAGUCUAUGCUGUGGGAGGUUUCAAUGGCUCUUUACGGGUCCGAACAGUAGAUGUAUACGACGGCGUGAAAGACCAGUGGACAUCAAUAGCUAGCAUGCAGGAAAGACGAAGCACUUUAGGGGCAGCUGUGCUAAAUGAGCUCCUUUAUGCUGUUGGUGGAUUUGAUGGAAGCACAGGCCUGGCAUCUGUGGAGGCCUAUAACUACAAAAUCAAUGAGUGGUUUUUUGUGGCACCUAUGAACACGAGAAGAAGCAGUGUUGGAGUUGGAGUUGUGGAAGGGAAACUAUAUGCCGUUGGUGGUUACGAUGGGGCAUCACGUCAGUGCCUUAGUACGGUAGAACAGUACAAUCCAGCUACAAAUGAGUGGGCUUACGUUUCAGAUAUGAGUACUCGGCGUAGUGGUGCAGGAGUUGGUGUCCUCAGUGGGCAGUUGUACGCUACUGGAGGGCACGAUGGUCCUUUGGUAAGAAAAAGUGUGGAAGUUUAUGAUCCUGGAACAAAUACAUGGAAACAAGUAGCAGACAUGAACAUGUGUCGAAGAAAUGCAGGUGUAUGUGCAGUAAAUGGUCUUCUCUAUGUGGUUGGAGGAGACGAUGGUUCAUGCAAUUUGGCUUCUGUAGAAUACUAUAAUCCUGUCACAGAUAAAUGGACAUUAUUGCCAAACAAUAUGAGCACUGGAAGAAGCUAUGCAGGUGUAGCUGUGAUCCAUAAACCAUUGUGACACAGAUUGAUGUGAGUGCAUAAGAAAAAAGUACCACCUGUCUAGUUUGGUGGAGUUUGGAAAAUGCUGAUAAUCUAACUCUUAACUGCCACACAAGUAUUGCCCUCCCAGCAUGACAACUAUAUGCCAGGACUGUUGACCUCUGCUUGGCAGUGAGCAGUGCAGACAUGUGAAAACCCUGCUGUGAACAUGCUUGAAAAAACGACAUGUUGCUUGGGUUUUUGAGUGUGUGUGUAUGUGUGUGCAGUCAGCUGUUUUAUGUACAGCUAGGACUGAUGUGAAGUGAUAACCUCAAGAGAAAGGAGGUAUUUCUCUUUGCCAUUUAACUUGGAGUACUUCACUGCUGAACAUGGACAAACGCUAUCUGUUCUACCAUGCAUUUUCUAUCUACUUACUAAACCCCAGUUCGAUGAAUUUACUACUGAGAACCAGCCCUGAAACCAAAGGACAAUAGACUGGGAACACUGGCUCAAUAUAGCAUCAUUGUCUUCAUAAUAUGUACAUAUGCUACUUGACUACUAUAAGUACAUAAUUUUGGGCAUUGCAGGUAUGCAUUUGUAUGAUUUUUAUCCUAGUCAUUGAACUGCGUUCAUCAAUUUUUUCUUAAAAUCAAACGAGCCAAGCACUGUCUUUCUUGGGGUGAAAUUGCACUUCAGCUACCCAAAGACUAGUAAUCUCACUGGUGUAGUGUUGUUUAAGAGCUUAUUACCAUUUCAAAAUGAUGUCUGCUUAUGGCUGACCUUUUAAAUGGGGUGCAAGGGUGAUAAAUUAAUUCUGCGUUUUUUGGCUUUUGCCAAUCACUGAAAGUUUAAGCUGAACCCACACCUCUUUUUCAAGGAUAUUUAAGUACCGUGAAAUUUGUAUUUUGAAAGAAGCAAACUCUGAUUGCCACCAGAUUCCAGGGAAACCUAGAAUUUAGUAGUGAGUUUAGGGUUCCAGUCGGGUUCUGAAAGCCACAUUGGACAGAGCUCUAGGAUGUGGCAUGUAUUGAUGACAUUGCCAUGUGUAAGAGCUGAGAGAGUUCUGAGCAAGCUUUCCAGUGCAAAAGAGAACUGCCAACUCAGUGACUUCUGGAAAAAGAAUCCAGUAAAUCCUAACUAUAUUUAGAUUAGGACAGGCUGGGUUCCUAUAUCCCUCCAACAUGCCUCUCAUUCAUUUGGCCAAACAUCAUCAGUUUGAUGGUAUUUCUAACCUGCAAGUGUCUUAAUGUUCUAAUUCCACAGUCUUUUAAUUCUUCCAUCUAUUUCUUUUCAUGGAUACCGUUUUAAAUAUUUUCUAUAUUCUUAUUAUUAUACCUGCGCAGAGACAUUCCUUGAAGUUUGUAAGCAUUUAUUUUCCAAAGAAAGGAGGAGUAGGAAAAAAAACAUUUUUAAAUAUAGGAAAGCCAAAUUCAACUAAAUGGUUUGAUGCAUAUCUAAAAUUCUCCUAGUUUCAUUCUUAUUUCAAACCAUCAUCAGACUGAGCAUUCUUGUCUAGAAAGUUUAUAUGUUGAUUUCCAAUUCUUCUGGCAUAUAUAUAAUACCAACAAAAAAGUUUAAAACUUGUGCGCCAACUGCGACCUUACCUCGGGCUUGGCCCCAUGUAAGCCACCCUGAGUCCCCUUUGGGGAGAUAGAGGCGGGGUAUAAAAAUAAAGUUGUUAUUAUUAUUAUUAUUAUUAUUAUUAAAAAAUUAUUAGGAAAAUGUUACCCCUUCCUUGCUCAUUGUCUUACUAAAUAUACAGUUUAUUUUUCUUAAGGAAGAGCACUUAACUUCUUUCUUACACAGUCAGUCACAUUUUCUAGUACUUAAAACAUUUGUCAGCAGCAGUGAAGCAGAAAAUAAAAAUAAAAACUGUUUUUUGACCAGUGUUGCAAAUAUAAAACUGGUUUUUCUCUAACAAGGGCUUUCAUCCAGUAAUUAUUUAAGAACAAAAGAAUUUCCUUGAAAGCCCAGUGCUUCAUCUUAUGAUGCAGUUGUACUCUGGCACAGAUACUUGUAAUAUCAAACUACUCUUGAAGAAUGCACAUAGAGGAAUUGCAAUAUCUCUUUUAAAUGCAUGCAAGCUGCACUCUGGAUGUUGCCUGGUGAACAUUUGUAUGUAUCUUUUAAGAUGCACACGGCAAUUUCUAAAUGUAUCAUCUCUGCCAGUGCUACCAAGGAAUUACUUUUAGAGCUGAAGGUGAGGCAUCUUUUUGAAAGACUGGUUUAGGAGUGAUACUUUCUUGAUUUAGAGUGCUGAUCUAUAUAUAUAGCCCCCAGUCUUUAGUAAUAGCUCUAAUAUCUAGAUUUAUUUUGUUACUUCUCUUUAUUGGAAAACUUCAAUUAGAAAUAUUUAUGGGGAUUUUUACAGCACAUAUGUACAAUUCUUGGCUUUGCACAAAUUGCUAGGCUGGAACUUCCAUCAGCCUCAAUUCAGCAUAGCUAAUGGUGAAGGAAUAUGGGAGUUGCAGUCUAAUAACUUUGGAAGAAGCCUGGAUACCAAUCCAUAAUCUGUAGGAUUGCUGUGGGGUGACAUCCAUCUCUCUACAAAUCGGCUUCUGCCCAAGCGUCAAGACUUCCUCUUCCUCUCCUUUGCCUGAAUCUCUCUCCUUCUGCAUCUUUUUCUGCAAAGGAUUACGUAACAAUUGUUGAGAGUGCAUAGAUGUCCACAAUGGAAAGGGAAAACCCCAUUCCAGCAGGGAUAUCUGUUCUGGUGACAGAUGGACACUUGUGUUUCACCUACUAUGCUCCCAUGACUGCAGUUAUACACCUACCUAUUUUGGAGUAAGCCCUGUGGGAUCUUCUGAUGAAUAAACAUGUAGAGGAUCCUGUCUUUAAUCUUACUGUAGCUAAAAUGGAUCAUGUAACAGGUGGGAAAAGCGCCUAGUGACUUCUUUAAGGAGAAUGCAAUAGAUUGCUCAGUCUAUUUAUAUAUGUUAUGAAAUCCCCUCCAUGCUUUCUGAUAUUACCUGCUGGAUCAAUUAAGUGCUAAGAGGCCAUACACAUUUACCAAAGUGGAUGUUAUAGAUGCCAUAUAUGCAGAUAAAAUAUUAAUUUGAUGGCGCUCAUUACACCACCAAAGCUAAAUGCCAGUCAUAUUUUACUUUGGGCAGACAUAAGGUUAUAUUUGUGCUAAGUUAACCUGGUCUUAUUGUAUUCUAAAAUGGCACUUCUCUUCUUGCAUCUAAUAUGGAAAAAUUACCAAACCACAUAGUGUACUGGCUGUCAAUAAACGACCAAGGCACUUAUAACUGGCUUGAUCUCAGCUAAGAGCCACUUAUCACUGGCAAAUAGUAUAUGUCACUCACGUGUGUAAACUUGCUGGGUUAAUGCAAGUCAAGUGACCUCAUUUUUCAGCUAUGCAAUAUUAAUCGUUGCUACACAACAGCCAGCUGCAGUAGCCCCUUUAAAGCGCUUUUGGAAUACCUUACAUCCUGUGUGCAUUUUUAAUAUUUGUACUGUGCCGAUUCUGAGCAUCUGAGCCAGAUCCUUUCAAAGAUUGCCUUUUUACAGGGCUUGGAAAUGUAGCUUUACAGCUAGCAAAUUUUAGUGUAUCUAUUUUUGUAAGAUGAUUCUUAAAGACUACUUAGCUCUCCUUUGAUUUUGGUGGCAUUAUGAUUAGUGUCUAAUCCUUACACCAUGGGCCUGAUUUUCAUUAGCCAUUUGUGUAGGAUGGCUUGUAUAUUUCUUGCAUGAAAAGAGGAUAUCCCUUUGUUUCUUUUUCUGAAAAGGACAAUAACUGGACUCAUGUUAAUUUCAACAGUGAACCUUUACUGCCAUUGUUUAUGACAUGAAUUGCUGCAUUUAUAUGCACAAAUAAUUUUCCUUGAAAUGUUGGGCCUUGCUGGCUUUUUGAUUAGUCCAAAGGUGCACUAAAGUGAUUGCAUUUCUCUUCCCUGGUUUCAUGUCUGAACAAAAUGUUGUCUGAAGUUGAUAUUGAAGGUAAAACCAGAAGAAAUAAGGGCACUACGAUUGGUUUUCUUUUAAAUUCUUUAACCUUCCUUUCUACAAUAGGUCAGUAUAUCAAAAGUCUAUUUUGUGUUUCUAUAAAUAUACUUUGAUAAAAUUGCUGGGCAAUCUCUUACCUAAUGGCUGGUUUAUUUGGCCAUAAUUUACCAUAUAUCUGUGAUAUAAAUCCAAAACCUAACAGCAUAUCCAAAGGAUUGCAUGUGUGCCUGUCUUCCAGAUAUGCUCACAAUUACUUUGUAGGCUUUUCCUGUCAGAAUGCAGCUUUAAACCAUAAGUUGAAAAGGAAUUUGACAUGACAUGAAAGUAAAAUAUUUACUGAGGCACAUGUGGUAUUUCCUCCCAAGUUUUCAAUUUGAAUUGCUCUUGCAACAAAUUCCAACCCGUGUUCUAAGCUUGGGAAGUUUAAAUAACAAUGCACCUAGUUUUUGCCCUCUAGAUCAUUGCCAAAUGCAUAAUACUUACAAAAGGAACCAGAAUUAUGUUGCUGUGGUUUACAAAGAAAUCUGAAAGGAAGUUAUUUUCACUGCCAUGGUAUUUUUAACUAGCUGCUGACCCUGUUUGAAUUUUGUGUACAAGUUAGAUUGAGUAAAGCUAAUUCCGUUCAACUGGGUCCUGUUCCAUAUUUAAAUGUGACCUUGUGUAUUUGGCAUGGUUCAAUUACGCUGCAAAAAGUGUUGAGGGCUGUCGGCUUGGAGGAUGGGGUUUUUUUGUUUUGAUUUGUUUUGCACUAUUUGUAUACCAAUAAUUUUUGAUAUUCUGUUAUUUAGGAAACUUCCCUAUUUAGGAACCUUUAUUUGUGCAAAAGAUUUGUGGUUUCCCUUCCUGCUAACCCAUAGAAUAAAUUGAUACAUAAAUGCAGUGUAAUUAAAGUUGGUUCAGAUUUGAAGCAUUGGUGACUAAUGAGAAAUUUUGAUGGUGUUAUCUGUCUGUGUGAAUUAUAGCUGUACCAGAAUAUUGUUUUCCUGAAAACACAGUCAUUACAAUCAGAUGAGGUUCCAGAAUGUAUGUUUCUUUAUUUCUUUGUGUAAUACUAUGAUUUGCUCCUAAACCACAACCUCAGCCAGUUCAAUUCUGGUUUAUGAGCAGAUUAUGGUUUGAACAAAUCAAUGUUUGCUGCAUUUGGACACAGGCAAACUACAAAUCGGUUUAGAACAGCCAUUCCUAUUGUAUACUCCAGAUGUUUUUGUACUGCAUUUCUCAGCAUUCCUAAUAAUUGGCCAUGCUAGCAGUACCUGAUUGAAAGGUUGUUUAGAAAAACAUGCCAUUCAAGGGAAAGAAGGAGCCCAUAAGCCUGACAUCGGAGUAUCCUUGCAUUUCUACUGCUAAACAUUGGCAAAACAAAUAAAAAAACAAAAAAUCUGAAUGGCACCUAUCAUCUGAGAAAUGCAAUAUGAAUAAGAAACUUACAAUUUUUUGGAGUUUUUCAAAUUAUUUUAUUUUUCUGUAUAGUAAGAAAUAUAGUGUGUAAAUACAUUGUAUAAAAUACAUUUAAAAGAAGAUUGUAAAAGCAUUCACCUUGGAUGCACAGAUUUUUAAAAAAUAAAAUAGACUUGAGAUAAAAUAUAGCUGUGAUCCCUGUACCAAUUAAUUUAGCAUACUCCUAUUUAAUUAAAUUUGCAGCCCAGUUCUAUGCAUAUUUAUUCAAAAAUAGAUCUCACUUUGUUUAGAGGGGAAUUUAUCUAAAUAAAUGUGCACAGAAUUGCAGUCUUGGUUCUGUUUUCAAUUAUACUACACAUGGCAUCCAUUGGUUAUCUCCUUUUAAUAGCUGGUUUUUGCUGUGGGACCAACUUGUUUGUGAUGCAAGUCUUCUAUUUUCCAUGUCAGCAACACUACUUAGAAAUAGGACUAUUUUAAAAAAUUACUUUGCCAACAGGAGGUCUUACCUGUUUUCCAGCAUGUUGAAUUUUGGUUGAAUAAAGCUGAGCAAAUGAAAUUGA